ACGGCGCCGCGCUCUGCGUCUGGGGGCCGGCGCGGCGGCGGCAAGAUGGCGGCGGCUGUAGCAGCCGCGGCGGCCGCAGCUGCCGCUGCCGCCUCCCUGCAGGUGCUGGAGAUGGAGAGCAUGGAGACGGCCGCCGCUGGCUCCGCCGGGCUGGCCGCCGAGGUCCGGGGCAAUGGCACGGUGGACUUCGGGCCGGGGCUGUCGGCCAUGGAGGCGGGCGGCGGCGACCCCGGUCCCGAGGCGGAGGACUUCGAGUGCAGCUCGCACUGCUCGGAGCUGUCGUGGCGUCAGAACGAGCAGCGGCGCCAAGGCCUCUUCUGCGACAUCACACUAUGCUUCGGCGGCGCGGGUGGCCGCGAGUUCCGCGCCCACCGCUCCGUGCUGGCUGCCGCCACCGAGUAUUUCACUCCGCUGCUCUCCGGCCAGUUCUCCGAGUCGCGCUCCGGCCGCGUGGAGAUGCGCAAGUGGAGCUCGGAGCCGGGGCCCGAGCCCGACACGGUGGAGGCAGUGAUCGAGUACAUGUACACCGGGCGCAUCCGCGUCAGCACGGGCAGCGUGCACGAAGUGCUGGAGCUGGCCGACAGAUUCCUGCUGAUCCGCCUGAAGGAGUUCUGCGGCGAGUUUCUCAAGAAGAAGCUGCACCUGUCCAACUGCGUAGCUAUCCACAGCCUGGCGCACAUGUACACGCUGAGCCAGCUGGCCCUCAAGGCUGCUGACAUGAUCCGCAGGAACUUCUGCAAGGUCAUUCAGGAUGAGGAGUUCUACACGCUGCCCUUCCACCUGCUCCGGGACUGGCUGUCUGACCUGGAGAUCACAGUGGACUCCGAGGAGGUGCUCUUUGAGACCGUGCUGAAGUGGGUACAGCGCAACGCUGAGGAGCGGGAGCGCUACUUUGAGGAGCUGUUCAAGCUGCUGCGGCUGUCCCAGAUGAAGCCCACCUACCUCACGCGGCACGUUAAGCCCGAGCGCCUGGUGGCCGGCAGUGAGGCAUGUGUGAAGCUGGUGGCCGAGGCCGUGGAGCGGCAUGCGCUGCGGGCCGAGGACCUGCAGGCAGGGGCCCUACAGCCGCCGGCCGUGCCCCUGUCCCUGUUGCCGCGCUUCGGGCAGAACAUGGAUGUGAUCAUGGUGAUCGGUGGUGUGUCAGAGGGCGGGGACUACCUGAGCGAGUGUGUGGGCUACUUCGUGGCCGAGGACAGGUGGGUGAACCUGCCACAUAUCCACAACCACCUGGACGGGCACGCUGUGGCAGUGACUGAGUCCUACGUGUACGUGGCAGGCUCCAUGGAGCCAGGCUUUGCCAAGACCGUGGAGCGCUACAACCCCAGCCUCAACACAUGGGAGCACGUGUGCAGCCUCAUGACCCGGAAGCACUCCUUUGGGCUGGCCGAGGUCCGGGGCAAGCUCUACAGCAUUGGUGGCCACGGCAACUUCAGCCCCGGCUUCAAGGAUGUGACGGUGUACAACCCCGAGCUGGACAAAUGGCACAAUCUGGAGUCGGCCCCGAAGAUCCUGCGCGAUGUCAAGGCACUGGCUGUGGAGGACCGCUUUGUAUACCUCGCCGCGCGCACACCCGUGGACCGGGAUGCAGAGGAUGGGCUCAAGGCAGUAAUCACCUGCUAUGACACUGAGACACGGCAGUGGCAGGACGUGGCCUCGCUGCCACUCAUCGACAACUACUGCUGCUUCCAGAUGGCUGUGGCCGGCUCCAACUUCUACCAGACAGCAUCCUGCUGCCCCAAGAGCUAUGCCAUGGAAAACGCAGAGGCCGUUCGCAAGAUCACCGGGCCCCCAUCGGAUGAGAUCCUGGAGAGCCUGCCCCCCGAGGUGCUGAGCAUUGAGGGCGCCGCUGUGUGCUACCAGCGGGAUGACGUCUUCAUCAUCGGCGGCUGGAAGAACAGUGAUGACAUCGACAAGCAGUACCGCAAAGAGGCCUACCGCUACUGUGCUGAGCGCAAGCGCUGGCUGCUGCUACCGCCCAUGCCGCAGCCCCGCUGCCGCGCCGCUGCCUGCCACGUGCGCAUCCCCUACCGCUACCUACACGGCUCACAGCGCUACCCCAUGCCGCAGAACCUCAUGUGGCAGAAGGACCGCAUCCGACAGAUGCAGGAGAUCCACCGGCAUGCGCUCAACAUGCGCCGAGCGCCCAGCUCGCAGAUCGAGUGCUGAGCCGCUGCUGCUGCUGGGACAGGAGGACAGGAGGACGGGAGGACUGCGUGCUGCAGUGCAGGGCGGGGACCCGGGACCUGUACUUUGCUUGGGGCCUGCGUCCAUCUUCAGUGCGUGUGUCUGUAUGAGCACCCCAGCCUGCGUGUGUGUCUACGUGUGUGUCUCAGCCCAUGUGUGCAUGUCUGGGUGUGCACCCCUGCCUGUGUGUGUGUGUGUCUAUAUGUGCAUCCUAGCCUGUGUAUGUGCGUGUCUGUGUGUGCCCCAGCCUGUGUGUAUGUGUCUCUGUGUGCGCCCUAGCCUGGGUGUAGGUGUCUGUGUGUGUACCCCAACCUGCGUGUACGUGUCUGUGUGUGUGCCCCAGCCAGCAUGUGCAUGUGUCUGUGUGUGCGCCCCAGCCUGCGUUUGCAUGUCUGUGUGUGCACUCCAGCCUGCGUGUGCAUGUCUGUGUGUGUACAACCACUGAGUGAGAGCUCCCUGAGGACCAGUGGGAGGAGCAGGGCCACAUACUCACUGUUCCCUGCCAGUGAGGUAACUCCCCUGCCCUCCCCUGGGCCUAGACCUACAACACGCUUUAAGCCCUACGUUAUUUGCACAUUUCCUUUGAUAUCUUUUUCAUUUUUACAUAACGGUUGGUGUCACAAGAUGAGCACCGACACGUUAGGCCCUUCUCUGCAGGAGAGGUGUGCAGUACCAAGGCCACACUGGGCGGAAAGAGCACAAGAGUCCAGCCGGGCUGUGUUGGGCGUUGGCACUAAGGUUUCCAGAUGGGGACAGAACGCUGGGAAUGCGUGGUGGCCUCCUGCUCUGUAAUCCUGUUGUUAUUCUCGUUCUGGGUACGUCCGCCCCUAGGCAGCUGAGGCAGCAGCUCUCCAUGGCUCUGAAAUGGCCAUAGUGGCCCGAAGAAUGGAUUGAGGAGAGGAGGGUGUAGGGUGAGCUUGGCUUCAUCCCUCGGAGGCCUGUUUAGGCAUAGGGAGUCAGAAGCGGCAGCUCGCUGGGCAGUGUGGGCCUGGGUGGCAGGGCUCCCGGCCGGCGGCCUUCAUCCCUUCCCAGUGCGCACUCUGGGUCAGGUCUUUUUUCAGAAUGGGUAGGAACAGGUUAGGAUGAGCAUCCUCACCCUUUUCUUAUUUGGUACUGGGAUCAAACUCUACCUUGAGCUUGCCAGGCAGACAUUCCCGGGAAAUAACACUUCAGAAAAUCAUUGCCCAGGAAAACCCUUUCUUCUGGGCCUCAUUGUCACAUUUUAUGUAGGUGCCCAGAGUUCCUGGAACUCAGGUGAGCCUGGAAUGCCAAAUCUGGGUGCCUAUUUGUAGCUCUUAAAAGAUUUGUCGUGCAAUUGACAGUUGAUUUUGUCAGUUACCCUGAUUCCCACACACUCCCAGCCCCGGUGAUGAGCACAGGAAGCCGCUGAACAUCCGUGCGCUCAGGCCGAGGCUGAAGCAGGAUCCCCUCGGGUUCAGGGCUGGCCUGGCCACGCAGUGAGACUUUGUCUCCAAACCAAACCCACAAAAACGGAAGAGCUCACUUGGAGUCUCCCAGAUGCCUGUGCAAGGCCUGGGAAAGUCUGGGUCUGCGGAAGCUGCUGCAGAAGCCCCAGCACGGCAGCACGGCGGCAUUGUCUUCCCAGGCCUCCGGCUUCACCUUACUGUGUGAUCAGACAUCAAAGGAAAGAAAAGCACAACCUAAAGUUUCUACUGUCCUUGGCCUUGGGAUCAGUCCAUUUCAGCUCUCGGGUGUGACCUGAGGACAAUGUCCCUAGAAUGUCUCACUGUCGCUGCUUUUAGUGACUGUCAGGGAAGCUGGGUGGGGUGGGAGUCUGCAGGGUGGGUCACCGCCUGGUCCCCAGUCCUCGUCCUUGGUGUCCAUUUCUUUACAGCUUCAGUGGCAGCCACGUGGACUCCCUGCCUCAAGGGGUCCCUCAGCCACUUCGGGAGUGGGGGCCAGCACUGGGGCUUCCCACCCCAGCCUGCUUGUCCUGGUGGGUGCAGCGGGGCUGCCAUGGGUCUCCAGAGAGGGCUACUUCGGUAGUUUUGGUCCCUGAGCUCUGUCCUCUGACAGCCCAAUGGCGUCCUCUGUGGGGUAGCCUCCUCCUAUGGGGGUCCAGGACUCUGCUCUGGCAGAGGAGCCGAAGGAGAGGCCUGACUGACACUGUUGUUUCCGCCUCGCAGGGCCUGGCCAGCGGGUGCGGGCAGCAGGGUAAGUCCGUCCUUGCAUGGCCGUGUGCAGGUGUGCCACCCGCGUGGCUGGUCUGUCCGUCUUGGUCCAGGAGUGUGACUGAGAUCCCCUAACUAACACGUCACCAUGGAAAGAAACCAGACUUAAAUCUGCUCAGGGCUGACAUUCUGGUAGGUUAGAGGACUUGAAAUGGUUCUGUGGUGGCCCUUAGGGAGGAAAUUCCCUUCUGGGAAAACUUAACAACUGUGCUGGGUGAAGUAAGCAGUUAAAAACACCUUGCUUGGUGUGGUGGUGCAUGCCUAUAAUCUCAGCACUUGGGAGGCUGAGCCAGGAGGAUCACCUUGAGCUUGAAGCCAGCCUGGGCUGCACCCUGAGACUCUUGUCUCAGAAAGGAAGGAAGGAAGGGCCGGAGGUUUAACUUAGUGCCCUAAGCACCUUCCUGGCAAGUGCGAGGUUGUCAGUUCAAUCCUGGUACCAAAACAAAAAACAAACAGCCUACCACCUGUGCAGGCAAACCCUUCUGUUACUGGUUUUGUUUUCAUUUGGUAGAGAAGCUGAGGAAUUGCCUGUAUCAAAGGCAGUGAGGGCAUAGCCUGGGGGGAAAGCUGCUUCUGCUGUGGCUCCCGAGUUCUCUCUGCUCGCCACAGCCCAGCUCGGCAGUGUCCGUGGAGAAUGUCAGUCCUGAGCGGUCUGAGCCUCGGCUCCCGCUGCUGUGUGCGCAUGACUCGCCUUAUGUAUCGAUAACCAGCCCUGCUCCACAGAGCCAGCUCCGCAGUAACUGCUGGGAGCUCCAGAAACAGAUGGGCAUUUAGCGUGGAUCACCUGGCUUGUUUUUUGGGUUUGGGGGGUUUUGGUUUAUGUUUGGUUUUUUGGGGUUUUUUUUUUUUUAGUCGGGCUCAUUGCAGUUCAGGCUGGCCUUGAACUCAUUUUGUAGGCCAGGCUGGUCUGGAACUCACAGCAGUUCUCCUGCCUCAGCUUCCUGAGUUCUGGGAUUGCAAGUGUGUGCUACUCAGCCUAGCCUGGCUCAUCUGGUUUUGUAGUUUCUGGGACCAAAAACUUUGCAUGGCACUGGCCUUGUACAGCUAGCUAGAGGGCAGCAUUUGUGCCCUGUCCCCUGGCGAACCUCAGUGGCGCUAUUCUCCCUGGUGGAGAGUGCCUGUUAGAUGAUGCUGGAGUCUUCCCCCGGCUACUUGUAGAGCAGACAGCAGGCGUGGAGCAGACAGCAGGUGAGCUGCCUCGAGUACCUUAGUCUCAGUCACAGUUGCAGGACCCUUCCUUGCUCCUUCUCUGAGUUAAGCUUCAGUGCAAAGGCUCUGCAGCCCUGCCCAGGGCUUUGGCCGCCUGCACUGGAGAAGCAGAGAUCUGGUAGUCGUGGCCGCCUCCUCAGCCACCUGGCAUCCACAACCUGGCUCCCAGCCCUGGCAUUUCUUUUCUUGAGCAGAGACCCUGUGGCUGCUGCUCUUCGAGGCUUCCGCUCUGUGGCCUGUGUUGUGUUCAUGAGAACAAAGCAGCCCCUAGCUAGUGCUCUCCACAGUGACGUGACGGUGCCGUAGCCUGCAGAUCCCUGCCAUGUGGCCCGGCUCCUUCCGGGCUGCGGCUGCUCACCUCCUGCUCCAUACUCAGCCGUGUCACCUGCCAAGUCUGUAGUAGGCAGCGUGGGGCCCUCAGCCAGGCAUGCACCCCAUGAGCUCCUGGUCGGGGAGCUGGUGAGGGGACCGUGGAGCGGUGGUGCUGUGUGGGGGUGGCCUGCUUUUGCUCCGGGCGCUGUCAGCCCAGUCUCCUCGAGUUCCCAAUAAACGCCUGGUGCAGACGC